AUGCCGACGGGGGAUAUUCACGGCGACGCCGGGCCCCAUCCGGCCGGGGCCGCCGGGGGAGGCAUCGCGGCGCCGUACGGCCGCGCGUGCACCAACUGCUCGCGCGCAAAGUGCAAAUGCAUCCUCCGCCCCGCGGGCGGCGCCUGCGAGAGGUGUCACCGGCUCAACAAGACGUGCCAGCCGAGCAACCCGCAGCGCAAGCGCAGCAAGAAGCAGCCCUCGAGCCGGACGGCGCAGCUCGAGGAGAAGCUGGAUGGGCUCGUGACGCUGCUGCGGCAGUCUGGCGGGCGGCCGGAGCUCGUUGACAUGGCUAACAUCUCCGGCGUCGUCGGCGGCGGGCCCGCGGGGGUUGCUCCGUCGGCGUCGUCGAGUAGUCAGGACGAGGCGGAUGGACGGUAUACCGAUCGUGGCAGCAGGGACGACGGAGGAGGCGGAGCUGGGGUUGCUGGGGCAGCAAGGGGCACCUCGUUGCCGACGCCGACGCAGACGGCGAGUCCCGAGGGCACGGGGUACGGCGACGGCGACGAUUUCCUGCCCUCGCCGGACGAGGCGGAGGCGCUGUUCGAGUCGUUCCGGGGCCAGAAUCUGCGGUACUUCCCGUUCUUGCACUUCCGGCCGACGAUGACGGCGCGGGAGCUGCGGUCCGAGAAGCCGUUCCUGUGGAUCUGCAUCAUGACUGUCGCGUCGCGGGUGGCGAGCCAGCAGCUUGCGCUGGGGACGCGGGUGAGGCAGAUUGUGGGGCAGAAGCUGCUCGUUGAGAACGAGAGAGGUAUUGACUACCUGCUUGGGUUGCUGGUUGUCUUGGGAUGGGCGAACCAUCAGUUGGGCAACAAGCCGUUCAUGUGCCUUUUCUGCCAGAUUGCCAUCGGCCUCGUCUUCGACCUGGGCCUGAACAAGGACCCCGUCGAUGGGAUGAACCCCUUCCUCUGCUGGAAGGCCGCGCAGGAAAGGGCCGACAGGGAGAAGAAUGGGGCUACGGCCCCGGCCAGCCUGUUUCUCAAGAAUCAGCAGCCUCGCACGAUGGAGCAGCGGAGGGCUGUUCUCGCGUGCUACAUGAUCACAUCCAACGUCGCCAGCUUCCUUGGCAAGAUGGACCCCCUGCGCUGGACGCCACACAUGGACGAGUGCCUCCAAAUCCUCGAUAGCCAUGUCACAGUCCCCUCUGACCAGGCCCUCGUCGCCCUCGUCAGGAUGCAGCUGCUCAAGGAAGAAGCAGGCCGUCUAUCGUGGCGGCCCGAGGUAACAUACGACGCAACCGACGGCUCCCGCACACCGCCGUCAAUGUACGUCAAACUCCUCCAAGGCCAACUGCAGAAGAUUCUCCAAAACCUCCCCACCGAACUCCAGAGCUCAGACACGAUCAUCUCCCAGCUCCACUGCGCCGAGCUCUCCAUCCAAGAAAUCGCCCUCUCCUCCAAAACAAACGCCUGCGUCCCCGCCAACCUGCCCGACGUCGCCCGCCUCGACAUCCUCUACGCCUGCCUGCACGCCGUCAAGGCCUGGUUCGAGCACUUCUUCACCCUCCCGCCCGCCGCCUACUACGCCAUCCCCUUCACCUUCUUCGCGCAGCUCUCGCAGUGCGUCAUCGCCCUCUACCGCCUCACCGUCCUCGAGGACCCCGUCUGGGACCGCACCAGCGUGCGCAACACCAUCGACCUCAUCGCCACCCUCGACGAGGUCGGCGACCGCUUCAUGCGCGUGUGCAGCGAGGCCGGGCUGAAUAUCGACGUCGAGGAGGGCAACGCGUUUGCGAAAGCCGUCAAGACGAUCCGCGGGCUGAGGGGGAACUGGGAGAGCACGUUGGGUCCGUUUGUGAACCCUGCGACGGCGGCGGCGGCGGCUGUGGGGCCGGUGCUUGGCGCGGGGGUGCCGCCGCCGGCUGGGGUCGGGGAGGUGGAGCUGGGGCAGUUUGGGCUGGAUUUGAUGGACAACCGGUGGUUUACGGACAUUUUCACGCCGUUUGAUUUCUAA